AUCCAGUUAACAUAGUUGCAGUGCUCCUUGCAAUAUGAACCAAGUGAAAUUUUAGAAUUUAAAGAGAGAAAAUAAAUUUUAUUCAAUCAUGAUGCAUGAUCACAUGAAAGCACCGUUAAACCACCAUUUGCAAAACAUUAGCUACGAGAGUGGAGCGAAAUCAACUAAAGGUGCGAGUAAAAUGCGGAGAGAUCAUAUCAAUCAUGAAAUAAAUAGACUUAGAGAUCUUCUUCCGAUACCAUCAUCUGCUAGACAAAGACUUUCUCAGUUACAGUUGAUGGCUCUAAUUCUAGUAUACGUUAGAAAAACAAACUACUUCGAGAAACUGUACAAGGGACUAGGGCUGGGAGCUAAAGAAAAACAGGAAACAACAAACUUCGGGUUUGCCAAGGCUUUGAACGGGUUCCUCAUGAUGAUUACACAGACCGGUCGUCUUCUUUACAUUUCAGAAAAUGCCGCGGAAUAUCUCGGGCAUUCAAUGGAAGAUCUUCUAAUUCAUGGAGAUAGUAUUUAUGAUAUAGUUGACAAGCAAGAUCAUCCUACUAUUCAUUCACAGCUAGCCAGGGAUGAGGAUGAGGUGGAUCUAGAUUCAAGAACUAAACCAAAAAGUCAACUCUUUCUUUGCAGAAUAAACGUAUCAAGAAAUGCGCGAAGACAAAUGAGAUUUGGUGAUCAGAAAGUGAUUCUGGUAAAGGGUCAUUUCCACGGAGACCUGCCGCUGUGUAGCCGGGAUGAACCGGUUUUUGUUGCUUGGUGUACACCGCUAGCCAUGCCGGAGAAUAGAGAAAUAGUUGUUCAGGGCGCUACGAAUGUAUUUACAACAGUUCAUAGUUUAGAUAUGAAAAUGGUGGAUAUGGAUGACAAUGGAGAGAUCCACCUGGGGUACUACAGGAAGGAUUUACUGGGAGUAUCUUUUUAUCAUCUUCUACAUCCAGAUUGUAUGCGAGAAAUGCAAACCAAGCACAGACUAGUAACUGGAGCGGAGUCUGAUAAAUCAUCAAUUCUUCUACUCAGACUUCUCAAAGAAGAUGGAACCUUUGUAUGGGUUCACACUGUGAUGCAGGUCAAAGAUAACUCGGAGGAGACCCAAACUCCAGUUAUCAUUUGUACAAACCAGAUUCUUAGUUCUGCUGAGGCUGACGUAAUGAAAGCUAACUCCUGGCUAUAUCAUUACUACAUGGUACAGAGCAGACUCCAGUAUGGAUUAGCAUACGGAGCUAAUCCUGGACUAGCAGCGUACUAUCCUCAGAUGUUAGCCUCCUCCCCCCAACCCCAACCUUUUUACGAGGCUAAUCCUCACACCCUGAGCUCGGCAUACCUCGGACACACCAAUACAGGGUUCAGCUCCGGGUCUAGUUUGUAUCCUAGUUAUCUUUAUAAUCAUCCUACUCCAACCUACCAUCUUCCUUCAGAUCAUUCUCUACACAACCUCACAACCACCAAAGAUAUGUUCCACGGACCUCUAGACUUCUCUAAAGACUUCUCUCGUGCUGGAGACUAUACCCGGAGUCAUGAAUAUAGUUCUCAGCAGUCCAGUCCUAGUUUAGGAUCGGAUACAUCUGGGAGUCCUGUCUACCAACCUCCACACGACUCUCUGUAUGGGAGUGAGGUUGCACUCCUAUCCCAGGCUAGGUACUCCCACUCCGAUCAUCAUUAUAAACCUGUUGAACCAAGAACUGAUUUACUCCGUGAUACCAGGGAUACCAGUAGGAGAGAGAAUUCAAUGCUGCUCUGGGGGGAAACAGAGGUGUCUGGAUAUGAGAGGUUUAAGAGCCUAGGAUGUGAAGGAGAACCCGGAGUUAAGAAAGAAGCUGAACCCGUCCUGCCCAGUGAUACUAACAACAAUGAAUACUCAGCAUUUCAUAAUAUUACAAACCAUAUCCUCAGAUAGAUAGCUAAUUUGAGAUCUAAAUUAGUGUCAAGACUUAGAUGCCGGUUAUAGACUGCAAAAAACAACAAGUGAUGUUACAAGUUUCAAAAAUAGCAUUUAUUAAAAGAAAUUAUCAGGAAAACUAAUGUUUUAUCAAUCUGGAAAUUUGAAAUGAUUAUUCGCUGUGGGAAUCUAUGUAAAAUUCUCUUGGAAACACCUAUAAGCAGCACAAUCUAAACCAAAGGGGUCAUUAUAUAAUUCACGGGCAGCCGUAGUAUAUUUGAAUUUCCGAGCCGGGUCAACCUUUCCGGUCCCAGUUUGUACUAUAUC